AUGAACACAUUUCGGGCGCCGUUGGCAAACUACGAGGACUUCGAUCUCUACGGGGAGAAGGCCGGAGGCGGAGGUGAGAAGGGUGUGGCUGGUAAGAGCAAGACGGUGGCUGGCAAGACGGUGGAUGGCAAGACGGUGGAUGGCAAGACGGUGGAUGGCAAGACGGUGGAUGGCAAGACGGUGGAUGGCAAGACGGUGGAUGGCAAGAGAAGUGCGGCCCCGAUUAAGACUUCGAGUGUGCAGGGGCAGGGCGCAGCUGGAAGGAGUGGCAAGAGUGUUGGUGGUAAGAGUGUUGGUGGCAAGAGUGUUGGUGGCAAGAGUGUUGGUGGUAAGAGUGUUGGUCCUUUAUUGACACCAGUUUUGCACAAUAUCCGACAUCAGGCGUUAGUGAGUCGUUUGGAUGGUGGGUUAUGGUUACGCGUGUUUGGUUAUUUGGAUUUGUUGAGUAUAGUACGUUGGAGCAUGACAUGUCGUCGUUGUCAGUUACAAGUUCAUUGUGCGGUGUUGGGUUUAUUGAAGCCAUUGUUCGCAUUGACGGAGAUCUCUACUAACUUAAAACUGUGGAGACAUACAAUCGAGAAAUUGUUACUGUUCGAUAACCGUUUGGUAAAUCGUGACCGUUCGACAUACCGACCUCUGCUAAAAGAGUUAUCGCGGAAUCUUCCGUUGGGUCAGGUUGGUGUAUCCGCGGCUCAGACAACCGUGUGCAUAUCGUUCGAUGAUUUACCGGCGAAACAUAUUGCAUAUUGUCAUCCGACACAGCCUCAAAGACACACGAGUUCGAUAUCAUACUUAGUGCGUGAUGCUAAAGUAUUUGCUGAGACGUUAACUCUUGGACAAUUCAUGCUCGAACUUCGGCAUAACGUUCGUAGCACAGGAGUACAUCUAGUCUCCAAAAGCGCACCACGUGCACGGCCUCCUGGAAAUACACCCGGCAACAUACCCGGCUGGAAUAACACCAGUGUGUUUAUCGCUGAUGCUACCGAAGAAGAAGGUGAACUCACUUUCCGCCACGCCGCACAAGGCGCCGGACCACUCUGUCUCUUCGAAUUCCUCAAAGCCGUCAUCCGAUGCUGCGUCUCACGAGAAAAAGGUGAUGCACUCUUCAGACGAGUUGAACUACUCAAAAAUGAUAACUUCCAACUACAUCAUCGACUCUGGCUACAAUGCACCAUCUCCUGGCCACUUCUCAACACCAACCCACCUGACCAAGCUACACUCUUCAUGACCGUUUGCGAUCACUACCAUUGGAUACUCUAA